CUGCAGUCAUGCCCAAGUCCCUGAGCCGCAUGAUAGUGCACUUUUCCGUGGACCUGCAUAGGGAAUUGCUGCGCUCCAGAAGAGACAAAAAACAGAACGUCACCUCUUCGCCAUUCAGUAUCGCGGCCGCCCUGUCCAUGACGCUCGCCGGAACGCGUGGAAACACGGGGGACGAGCUGUUGGCAGCGCUGCGCAGCAAAGACGGCAAGCUGCACGAGCACUUCGCGUCGUUCCUGCCGAAGCUGUCCAGCCACUCGCACAAGCUGCAGUUCCACUUCGCCAAUCGCAUCUACUGCGACCUCAAGUUUCCGGUCGCGGAGGAGUACAAGACCUUCCUGAACUCGACGUACGUGUCGACCAUCGUCUCGGUCGACUUCGAGAAGCACAGCGAAACCGUUCGCGGCGAGAUCAACGACUGGGUGAAGACCGUCACCGAGACCAAGAUAGUGGAUCUCUUGGCUCCCGGUAGCGUCGGCCAUUCUACGGAAGUGCUCCUGGUCAACGCCGUCUACUUCAGGGGACUCUGGGAGUCGCCCUUUCCGGCCUGCUCGACGUCACGUCGCGAUUUCAACGUCAACUCCAGGACCAAGAUCCAGGUGGACAUGAUGUGUCAGAAGCAGGCGUUCGCCAUCUCACAGAACGACGAGCUCAGGGUCAGGGCCAUCGAGAUGCCCUACAGGGGUGGCCGGAGCUCCAUGGUCGUUCUGUUGCCCAACGAAAUCGACGGCCUGUCCCACCUGGAGCAUCACUUGUCUCACUGCAAGCUGUCCAACAUCUUGGCAGGCCUCAAGGAGUCGCCCAACGUCGAAGUGACCAUGCCGAAGCUCUUGCUUCAGCAGUGCCUGCGUCUCAAGGACACCCUGACGGCCAUGGGCGCGAACGAUCUGUUUUCGGCCAAGUGUGACCUCUCGGGCAUGUUCAGAUCGGGCAGUCCCGUCGUGUCCGAUAUGGUCCACAAGGUGUACUUGAGGGUUGACGAAGACGGCACGGAGCCCGCGGUAGCCACGCCCGCGAUGGCGAUGGAAUCUUCGGUUUCGUCUCCGACAACGAUGGAAAAGACUGACUUCGUUGUAGACCAUCCGUUCAUGCUGCUCGUGUUGAAGAGCAAGUCGGAUGUGAUCAUUUUUAUGAGUUCGGUGCGUCAUCCGUGA